AUGAAUAUAGCCAACCCAUUACCAGCCAAGUUGCCAGUUAAAAUACAUCCAACCAAGAGUAGUACGGCAACAGAUUAUGCAACUUUAGGCAUUUGUGCAUCACAGCCAACACAGCCAAAACCCACCGAGGCACGCCGUCCUCGAAUUCUGCUUGCUAAACGACUCCCAGAAGACUAUUUUGGACAAGAUUCUGUGUAUGUUGCACCUGGUGCCAAGACCGUGCCUAUAACGCUUAUUCGACCAAAUCAAAAUUUUGGACCCUUAAAAAGCAGUACAGGGACACUAAUCGAGCACACAGUUCUAGGAGAUGUUGACGAUUUUGAGGAAUUUGACAAGCUUUACAGCAAAUCUCUACCAAAUUUGGAUGAAAAGGCAGAUAUAAUCAAAAACCAAGAGCUUCCCAUAACCAAGCAUGCAGAAGUUAAUAAUGAAAACCAAAAAAACGAUGAGAAAGUCUCAUCAAAUGUAGAGCAGACUGAUGAGCGAAAAGAAUGGUUGCAGAAACUCCACAUUUUCCAAAAAUAUCGGGAGAUGCGAGAGGAAAAUGCCUUGUCAAACUGGAAACGACAUAGUAUAGAAUGGAGUCGCAUUGAGGAGCGUAUUGGGAAAUCCAUCAAAAAGCCUGCAGAUGAAUUGCUCAUGGCACGGUUGGGGGAAUAUCGAGAGUUUGUUGAAGAGCGCGAUCUAAUCGAGGAAGCUCUUAUGCUGUUGGAAGAGCAUAAUGUCAAUUUUUGGAAAACUGGAUUGCGUCUUGGAAGCGAUUUACUAGGCUUAUGUUUUCAAAUGCCAUCUGGUGGUCCAAGACAACAGGAAAGGCUUAGGACAUAUGAACUCUAUAAUGCUAAAAAAACCAAAAAACCAUCAGAAUACCAGGAGUAUCGCAAAAAGGAGCUCGAGCAAGUUAUAUCUCAUCUUGACCCCUUCUCCAAGCAUGACGAUGGUGGAUAUCUGGAAGUGGUUGGCCGUGGCACACAAGAUAAUUCCAAUGUCGAGUUAACUAAAGAGUAUAUGGAAAGACUUGAUCGACGAGCCAGCUGUAAAUCGAUGCAAACAUUGGGGACGCAGCCUACCACUCGAGCAGUCACACCCAAACUCUAUACUCAUUCUGACAAAGAAUGCUCAGAUAUUGAAGGGUUGGUUCAUGGAAUGCAGCUGAUGUUUUCAACAAAGCGCAUGUACUUUAGCGUGUUGCUUGAUCAAGUUGCAACAUCUGUCUUGACUAUACACAAUUGCGGGACAGUAGCAAUUCAUUUUACUUGGGUUUUGAUGCGCCAUAAAAAUCCAUUACAGGUAUCAGCAAUUUACGAUAACGCACAAAGAUUCUACAUGAAUUACCCAAGUGGAGUUAUUUUACCUGGAACAGCAUACGAUUUUCCAAUCAUAUUCAAAUCCAACACCCCAGGUCUUUUUACAGAGCUGUGGACAUUGGAGACGCAUCCAGCAAUGAGCCAUCAGCAGGAUCUCACUAUUACAUUACAAGGUUUGGCUAUUGAGAAAAACAACUACCAGCAAAAAUGUCUUGAUAUUGAACAUGCUCAAACCGUGGCAACAAAGGUUAUUGAUAAAAUCCUUUCUAAUAUCAACAAAGGUCUUAAACCGAAACCUUAUGCUCUUGAUCCCAACCAUACGUCUUUUGAAUUACGCAACAAGGACAUGAAGGCAAAUAUUUGUUUGUUGUUCAUGGCUCACCAAAUUCGAUUCCAACAACAUAUUUAUGAUCAAUUGGUACUGCUAGCAAAUUCAACAUUCCAUAUUCUUGGAAAACAGAUUACUUGGGACAAUUCCCUUGUAAAUCUAUACGAGUUUAUGCUAGAAAUCAAUCAAGCGGAUAUUCGAUCGCAGCAUAUUGAAAAACUGAAUAGCUUGGUACAUGAGGCUACACUCGUAACAACUACUCCUCGACAUUCCAUGCUUUCAGCUUUAUGUUAUGAUAUGCUGAUUGACAUUGCGUGUAAAGUUUCAGACAAUUCAGACCAAUUAAGAAGUCAGAUGGGUCUCCCGUUAGCUGUACGUUGA